AUGGUGAGGAUGAGUCUCGUGCCGCGAUGGCGCGAGAGGAGGGCGGACGAGACCUUGGAGGGUUGGGGCGUGGUGGGGGUGGUGGGGGUGGGGUUGCUGGGAGUGCUGGUGCUCCUGUGGCUCCUGUGGCUGAUCCUGUGGCUGCUGGGGUUGGGGCUGGGGUUGCCGGGGUUGGCGCUGAGGUUGGUGGGGACGCCGGUGGGGACGACGCUGGUGGGACUGCCGCUGAGGUUGCCGCUGGGGUUGCUCCUCGUGCUCGGAUGCAAGCACACGACUUUGUAUGCGCUAUUGGCGGUGUUUGCGGAGCACGAUUUGAAGCUGCACCAGCUGGACGUCAAGACGGCGUUCCUCAAUGGGGAGCUGGAGGAGGAAUCUACAUACAGCAGCCGCAUGAAUACGAGCAAGGCGGGCCCAAAAUGUGAGUGCUUGGGGAGCAUGUUGUACGUGAGUGCGUGCACCAAGCCCGACAUUGCACAGGCAGUGGGCGCGCUUGCGCACUUUAUGGCGUGGCCGAAGGAGGAGCACUGGCGGGCGGCGCUUGGAGUUGUGCGCUACCUGGCGGGUACAACAGAGGAAGGGGUAACCUUUGGGGGGAGCGGAGAGACUCUCUUCGCAUAUUGA